AUGUUAGGCCUCAUUGGUCGAGGGUCAACACUUCCUUAUUCCUCCACCGAAGAUGUGUACGAUGGGAUAAGACGUGGCCGACCAAGAGCAGACACAGUUCGUGACCUAAUAAAUGAAGGAGAGCAUUCUUCUAGCAGAAUACGUUGCAAUAUCUGCAACAGGGUGUUUCCACGAGAGAAAUCACUACAGGCACACAAACGAACUCAUACUGGUGAAAGACCUUAUUUGUGUGACUACCCAGACUGCGGGAAAGCCUUUGUUCAGAGUGGGCAACUCAAAACUCACCAGCGUCUUCACACAGGGGAAAAGCCUUUCGUCUGCUCAGAGAAUGGCUGUUUAAGCAGAUUCACACAUGCAAACCGUCAUUGCCCUAAACACCCAUAUGCCCGGCUGAAGAGGGAAGAACUCACAGUCAGACUGAGUAAAAAACAGACAGCUGACAAUAAAGCUGCAGCUGAGUGGCUAGCGAAAUACUGGGAGACUAGAGAACAGCGUGCUCUCACUUUGAAAAGUAAAACAAUCCAGAAAAUGGAUCAGGAACAGAAGGACCCGAUGGGAUUUCUUCAAUCUGAUGAAGAGGAUGAUGAAGAGAAAAAUAGCGCUCAUUCAGCUACUCGCCGCCGCCUCCAGGAACAGCAUGAACACAUGCAUGGUGCAUUGGCUCUUAUUGAGCUUGCAAACCUAGCUGUGGCACCACUGUGA